AUGUAUUCGAGUAAUGAUCAAUCUCAAAAUGAAAAUGAUGAUGAUGGUGAUAUUACAACGGAAUUAUGGCAAGAAGCAUGUUGGACAGUUAUAUCAUCAUAUUUUGAUGAAAAAGGUCUUGUUCGACAACAACUUGAUUCAUUUGAUGAAUUUAUUCAAAUGUCUGUUCAACGUAUUGUUGAAGAUUCACGUCCAAUUGAAUUUCAAGCACAAGCACAAUAUAUAACAGCAUUAAAAGAAACACCAGCUAAAUAUACAUUUAAAUUUGAACAAAUUUAUUUAUCAAAACCAAUACAUCGUGCUGAUGAAGGUACAGUUUAUUUAUGGCCAAAUGAAGCACGUUUAAGAAAUUUAACAUAUGCAGCACCAUUAUAUGUUGAUGUUAAACGAACAACAAUUAAAGAAAAUGAACCACCAAUUGAAAAAAAAUUUGAUAAAUUACAUAUUGGUGAUAUACCAAUUAUGUUACGUUCAGCUUAUUGUCUUUUAUCAGAAAUGACUGAUCGUGAUUUAACUGAACUUAAUGAAUGUCCAUUAGAUCCUGGUGGAUAUUUUAUUAUAAAUGGUAGUGAAAAAGUUUUAAUUGCACAAGAAAAAAUGGCAACAAAUACAGUUUAUGUAUUUUCAAUGAAAGAUUCUAAAUAUGCAUAUAAAUGUGAAGUUCGUUCUGUAUUAGAAAAUUCUAGUCGACCAACAAGUACAUUAUGGGUUAAUUUAAUGGCUAAGGGUGCACAGGUUAGUUACGACAAAAAAAAAAA